ACGCUGUUGAUGAAACAGAAAUGCCUGACUCUGAGGAUACUGACUCUGAUUUAGAUUUGACACAGUCACUGCAUUGGCUCAAUGAAGGAGAACAGCAAUUGACUCUUCAGAAAUGAUCGUUAAUUUUUAUGACUGAGUUGUUAGUUGGGUUGACACACUUCAUUCAUCCUUAUCAAUUUCUCCCACAUGUCCGGAAUGCCCAAUAUCAAGUCUGUUCAUGAUCGUGUUGCCCAAAUUUACUACACUUAUGGGUUGUUCUGUGCUAGCCAUCAGUAUGCCACAAUUGUCCUGGUUAUAAUCUCUGUCUUCAUAACAUGCUAUCCCUUGAGCACCCUGCCUUUGUCGGGAAACACACCCAUCCAACAUCGGACUCCCAAAGUUGGCUACACAGUUCCCCCUCAGACAUUUGCGCCAUCCAAAGAUGGCUCACAAGAGGACCUCAAGAGACCUCGAUGGUUUGUGGGGGAGCCUGUGGCAUACAUCCAGCAAAUUGUGGUGAAAGCUGCUGUCUCACCCUGGCCGGAAAGGGAGAUGGUUGUCUCUGAUGCCUUCAGAGCUCCACUUGCUACUGUGUUCAGCAUUGAAGAAGAACUUAAUAAUCUGAAAGUUGGAAAAGGGAGCUCUGAGAGGUCAUUGGCAGAUUUGUGUUACAGAGUGUCUGAACCAGUGAGUGCAAGGCACCUGCGUCACUUACUUCCAGAGUACUCUUGUUUCAUUCUCUCUCCAGCAAAUCUAUGGAACCAUGACUUUGACAGAUUUCGUAAAGAUGGUGAACUCAUCAGGACAAUCUACAAACAGCAUGGCAAAAUUGAGAGCUCCCCGACCUCAAGAGAUUUGCUCUUUGGCGUCCCUUGGAAAUUUUCUGGCAUCACUCGCUACUACUUCCGCAACAGGCAAAGAGUCAUCACGUAUGCUGUGACAAUCAUUCUGAAGAAGUAUGACCCAAACUUCCUUUCACAGUUGCUGCGAAAACUCGAGAGUCGCCAUCCAGACACUGUGCAAAAUGUAAACAACUCACAGAUUGAGGACAUGGUUCAUGUACAUUUCAAAGACAGCAACUACUUCGUGGAGUACACACCAUUACUGGUCACCUACUUUGUGCUCUUGCUCUACCUCUACUUCUCUGUUCGCAAAAUUGACAUGGUGAAGUCAAAGCUUGGGCUGGCAAUCAGUGCUGUGGUGACAGUGGUGGCAUCAUUGAUCAUGUCUGUCAGUAUUUGUACUUUGUUUGGUUUGACUCCAACUCUGAAUGGAGGUGAGAUCUUCCCUUACCUGGUGGUCAUCAUUGGUGUGGAGAAUGUGUUGGUCAUCACCAAGUCAGUUGUGUCCACUCCUGUGCAUCUGGAUGUCAAGAUUAGAGUGGCUCAAGGAUUGAGUAGGGAAGGAUGGUAUAUUACAAAGAAUCUACUUACAGAGCUGGCCAUUAUGUUUGUGGGCUUCUUCACUUUUGUGCCAGCCAUACAGGAAUUUUGUGCCUUCGCCCUGGUGGGUGUGCUGUCAGAUUUCUACUUACAGAUGGCUUUUUUUGCCACAGUUUUGUCAGUGGAUAUUCGUCGUAUGGAGCUCUCAGAUCUGCACAGACAGAGUGUGCAGCGUGCUGUGCAGGAUGACACCUCCAGCCCGCCCAUCAACAUUCAACCUCUGGUGUUGUGUCCUUUUGUGCCACGUCAGGCAAGCCCUUCUCCCAGACUCCUCUCAUCCACCCCUGUAGACCGUAGCGGUUCAGGAUUUCCCUCGACCUCUGGACGUAGUCUGUCUGCACAGCGGACGCCAUCACCAUCUCCACAAAGGGAGGGUGACCAACAAGCAUUUUUUGGGCAUUCACAUCAAAGUCAACAGGAACGACCCAGAUAUGAAAUGCCUCGUAGAGUAAAGUUCUUCUACUUCUUGGCCAGGUUUCGCAUUGUCCAGAAACUCAUAAUGGUGUGCACAGUGAUCUGGAUCAUUCUCAUCCUACACAAAACAGGUCUGGUUGACAAACUGACUGGAACAGAUGAGCAAAGUUCACUUCCAAGACAUGUUGUCUUCAGACAGGGGGCUGCAUAUUCAGGCGUCUCUGUAGAUAUGGGGAGUAUGAGGCCUGAAGAGGAGGGCCACAUGGGCUCGGCUCUACGUGAGGACGACUUAGCCACUGGUCCCGUAGAACACUCAAACCUGGAGAUGUGGAAGCUGUUGUCUUUCAAUCACUGGCCAGGUCUUUUCCAUUACUACAACAUCUCACUGUCUGGCAGAUACAUCAGCAUCUUGCCCAGCAUUCACCUUUCACACCUGAUACCACCUAGCACAGCCAUUUCCAUGCGACAUCAGUCGGACCGAAAGACAGUCGACAUGCAGCGGGAGCACCAGGAAACUGGCACUGGGCCCCUGCCUCACGACAUGCUGCAAUUCUCAUCUCAUGUUUCCUAUCAUGAAGACCCACACCCUGAUCUUUCAGACUCCUCCUCGGAGAAUGACUCUCACGGCAAGCGCAGCCACCUGCCACCCCACAACUACCCCUUUUACCCCAAGUCCCAGCGAGAGUUUGUGAUCACCAUUGUCCUGUGUGUCCUGUCUGUGAUUGUGAUCACCUACUUCAUGAUGUACCUGUACCGCUGCAUGUGCUCACGGAACUACUCUCGCUGGCGCCACUCCUGGACCAGGGCUAACAGGCGGCGGUCGCGCGGUUACAUCAAACAGAUCAAAGAGUCUGUCCCACUCGUGCUCUCCGGCCACUCACAGAAUAUUGAAUGUUUGCUCGGUGACAAUGGUCUGAUUGUCAGUUGUUGCUUAGGAGGACAUCUGAAGAUCUGGGAUUCUAACUCGGGAGAUUGUAUUAACACUAUCAUAAGGAGGAGCAUUACCCCACCAGCACAUCGGCGGCCUUGUGUAGGUCGCAACAUUGAGGACAGCGAUGCCGAUCUGUAUGCAGAGUAUCAUGGCAGUCGCAGCUCGUCAGAGAGCUCUCUGUUGGGAGAUGCCUCAGGGGACGGUGUUCGUGUCAGGAAAGGUAACUCAUUUACCCUUCACACAGGCUCCACACAUGGUAGACGAAGCUCACGUCGACGGAAGAGCAGCCGUGAGUCGCAGGAUGUUAAGCCAGAUCUGUCGUCAACGAUAAACACAGAGUUUUCAUCCAUGGAUGGUCCCCUUGUUCAGAGCUCUCCGAAUGGCUUUGAUUUCCAGACAUUAUUUGAAGGGGUAUAUGAAGAGCAUCGCAGGUACCUUCAAGAAGAGGGAAAUGAUUUACGGGUACACAGUUCAAAUGAUCUCACUUUGUUAUCAUCAUAUGAUGAAAGGUCUCGAAGCUGGAGCUAUGGUGAUCAGUCGUCCUUUGAGGCUGCGGUUCAUGAGGAAGAUCUGGAACAGUCGUCGCCAGUGUGGUGCCUGGCCUGUCUCCAUGGUCUGGUGGUUACAGGCUGCGGUAACGGGCGGGUGGAGGUGUGGGAGGCGGAGACAGGCGAGCUGCGCUACUGCUAUGCCAUUAGUCAGGUGCCAGUCACUGGCCUAUGUGUUGUCUCCAACAAGAUUGUGGCAGCUCGUAUUGAUGGAACAUUGGAUUUUCUAGAGAUGGAGACGUUCCAUAACCCAGUGGCAAACCCAGCACCAAGGAGCCCACAGCCUGGGCGGCCUGUCAUGGGUCAUCACCGCUCACGGAGCAGCAGCAGUGACGGCAUCAAGAUGUGGGACGAGGUGAUACGCUGUUCUGGAGUGAACACCGUUCGAGCCCACCAACAGCCCAUUAAUGCGGUCCAGUGUGCUGGAGGCCGAAUAGUGACCGCUAGUCAGGACCAUACGCUUAAGGUGUUCCGGUUGGAUAGCUCCUUGUGCUUGUACACUUUGCAUGGACAUGAGGAUAGUGUAACAGCUCUGUGUUUGGACCAGGUGGCCCCUCUAGCUGCUGUCAGUGGCUCCUUUGAUGGUACAGUGCGUAUCUGGGACCUGCUGACCGGCACCUGUAUCCACAAACUGUCUUGGCAUUAUGCAGCUGUGGUCACUCUCAGCACAUCCCCACUAUAUAUUGUCAGCGUCGGCCUGGAUGACCGUAUGUGUGUAUGGGACAGAACAAAGAACACCCUACUUCAUACUGUGGAUCUGGAUCAGAAUGGUGUGGGGAGCGCUGCCCUGCUGUCCAGGAAUCUUAUGGUCACGGGGGGACAGGGAAGCAUAUCGUUGUGGGACAUUCCAAGGGGAUCGUUGUUGAGGAAAGUUGUAUUCUCUGACAGCGAUCAGCGAGCAUUUGUCAAUCAUGUUGUGUCUGUAGGGAACAGUGGUGUGGUCUGUGACCAAGGCUCUGACCUUAAAGUUGUCUAUUUCCCAACAAUUCUGGAGAAAGCAGAGUAGCUCUGCAGUCGCAAAUUUAUGUUGAGGGCAUUUCAAAGUUCCCUACUUCCCUGCCUUGCUAAAGAAUGCAGAGGAGCAUAGUAAUUAAACAUGCUUUGUGGGUAUCAUUUAGUGAAGAAAUGAAAAGAGAUUCUCUCUUGUGUCCCUUGUAUACUGUGGACUAGCAGGUAUUGGCAAAGGGGGUUUGCUAAGGCUGUGCGGUCUUUGGGUAUCGUCCUAAAGGGCUGAGUUAUCCAUACUGGGCGUUUGGUCCAUGCCUGGAAAAACAUUCAUCUCGGAUGUGGAUUUCUGUCUAUUACUUUUGUUAAAGGUAGAAUUCAGAGCUCAGAACAAAUUCAUCCAAUCAUUAGAUGAUCUGUCUUCAUGGGUUUGAGUGGUUGAUUUUGUAUGACUUUAUGGGUGUAUGUGAGAGCAAAUAUGAUUGAAUUCCUAGUGCAACACUUGUGAGUCCCAUGUCAUCAUUUAGGUGUUUGAAAUACUGUCAUAUCCUCUAGAGCCCUGGGCUGUUGAAUCACUCUGUAAUUGUCUGAGAACUGGGUGCUCUGGGAACUUUGAUUAGCAGAAUGUCCCAUAGAACGUGCUGAAUGAUUAAGAUUAAGAUCAGUAGGGUGCAGCUUUUCUGUCCACUUGAAGUAUUAGCCCAAUUGAAAUAUUGUCAUUAGUUAAAGAGGGUUUUUUUUUUUGCUUGUCAUAUGUAAUAAUUACUCCUCUGUAGGACUGUCUGAACUGUUUCAGUCCCCAAUACCUUACCUGUUUGUUCUGGUGACUUCUUGUGGUUAGAUUUGCCUGCUGGUCCUAUGUUAAGCUGUCAAGGGUUGGGGCUGUUCUACUUCCUACAUUGUGCAGUGUUGUCAACAUACAGUAGCCCUUUUUGUUGAAUUUUCUGGUACUGGAAAACUUUUAGUGCUCUGUGCUUUUUGUUUCUUGUGACGCAGUGAACAUCCCCCUUUGUGGAAAAUGUAUCGACUUUUUAUUUCCUGCAAUUUUUUAAAUUCUUAAGCUCCAUUUAGAUCUCAGUUUCCCACCCAUUUGUAUGUGACAUUCUCUUGCUGUUCAAAUACAGUAUCAAGCGAGGAAGGUUGUGGAAUUGUAAUAUCCAAAAAAUUUGCCUACAGUUGUAUGGGAGUUUUGUGGUGUGCAAUGAUAAUAUGCGAGUAAGGUAGCUCGUGUGAGUUGUAUGCGUAUAUUGAGACAACAUAGAUCCCUGAGUUUCCGUCCGAUAUUUUGGGAACUGUAACAAUUCCCUUUUCAUAAUCAUAUGUCCGAGAGGGAGAUCUUUUUUAGCAUUCCUAUUUUCCGCUUUUUUUUUCUUUCUGGGGGUUUCUCUCCUCGCUCCAAGAAAAAAAAAGGUCUUGCAAACAUUUUUUUGGUUUGUUGGUUUUAAUUUGACUUCAAGUAGACUGUGUUCUUGUCUGGAUAUGAAACUGGUGGUUUGUGUUAACAAGACCUGCUGUUCCCUUAUAAUAAGUCUCUAUGUAAGAUAACUUCAUAAUGUCAGAUGUUGUGUUGGUACAGUGAAGAUCAUAUAAGUAAAAGCUUGUUUUAAAAUUUGAGUCAAACAUAAAUUUGGAGGCCAAUAUUUUUGUCAGGAAAAGUCUGAUUUCAUCUUUUCUUUUCAGUAUAUUAUUAUGUCUUUUGCAUUUAGGGGGAAUGAUAAUGUUCUCUGGACACAAAGUGACAUAUUCUGGGGUUAUAUAUCCAAAAACUACAUUUUUAGAAUAUCAAAUCUUCUCACGAUAUUCCUAGUAUCAUCAAAAUAUUGAUCUGAAUUUGUCUUUGCUUAUAUACAGAUUCACCAGAAACUGAUGCUGGUUCGUUAUUUAGAUUUUUCUUACAAUACACAGGGCUUGUCCUUGGAUUGAGCUUGAUAUAGUUCCUAUAUAUUAUUAUGAUUCGAUAGGUUGAAUAAUUAUUUGGGAUGUCAUAAAAUAGAAGCCCAACCUCUUACGAGGGCUGUCCUAAAAUUAGCAGAAAAAUAAUCAGAUUGCACUUCCUAUAUAUUUUGAUAGUGUAAAAAGUUUUUAAUAGUUGAAGGGAAUUCCUGAUUUAGGUGCUCUGUUAAAAAACACUAACUGAACGCAGCCAUUUUACUACAUCACCAAAACUAUGGCAAUCUCUAUUAAAAAAACACAGAACUUGAUCUUGCUUAUGGUGAAAAUAGUUGAAGCUGUCUACUAUUGGUGCAAUUAUUUUUAAACAGGGGCAUACAAGUAUUUAUAAUGAUCAAAUUGGUGGUUGUCAUUUGUCUGCCAGCACUGAAAAAAUGCUGAACACAUUGAAAAACUCAUUCGUUAUGAAAGGAGGCUUAAAAUUUGUGACAUUGCCGAUGCUCUUGGUCUUUCUAAGUCAACAGUUCAAAGAAAUGUCUUUGAUUAGUGGUGUCAGCUCAGUGGGUUCCCAAACAGUUGAUAGAUGACCAGAAGGCACAAUGCAUCAAUGUUUGCUCUUGCAUUAUGGGAAUGAUGCAGGAAAAAUUAAAUGCACUGGUUAACAUUUUAUAUGAAUCCUGUUGGUGUCUUCCAAGAACCCAAUGAAACCUUUUUGAAACAUGUCAUAACAACAAAAGAUGAGUUGUGGAUCCAUCACAUCACUCCACUAACAAAAAAAGAUUCCAUGGCUUGGACACAUCUUUUGCCACAACCUCCCAAAAAAUUCCAAGUUCAACAAUCUGCAAACAAUGUAAAUGGCUACAGUUGUAUGAGAUUCGAAAGUUCUUAAUGAGAUCUUGCCUCAAGGAGAAACCAUCAAUGCAGCCACACACUGAUACCCUCAAUAAGCUUGGAGAGCAGUGUGUGAAGAGAGACCAAGACGGUCAACGGAAGGCGUCAUCUUGCAACAUGGCAACGACAUCUCCCCUCACUGCUAAGGUCAGCAUAGUACUGUGGUUGGGAGUUUUUACCCCAUCUACCACAGUCCUGACCUUGCCCUUCAGACUUCUUCUGUUUGGACCAGUGAAGCGAUAUCUAACUGGGAAGAAAUUCAAACAGGAUGCAAACCUUUUAGAACAUUUCAGAGAUUGGUUUCCAUUGCUUGACACAAAAUUCUACAGGGACGGAGUGCAAUUACUCAUGCGAUGAUGUGGGGAAAAUGUUUGACUCUUCAUGAGGACUACCUUGAGAAAUAUAGUAGGUGUUUCACCAACUAACUUUGAAAUCAUGACAAAACUUUUCAUUUCAUAGCCAUUUUCUUGUUAAUUCCUUGUUAAUUCAGGGACAGCCCUUGUACAUCACCAAACAGUUUGGGGAGUUAAAACUCAUGCCUUACCUAAACAUGAAUUAUGGCAACAGUUCUGUUUCCACCCACCACUGGCUGAUUCUCUUCAUUAUCAUUCCCUGUAUUCCUGUUCCAUCACUCCCCCCCUAUAUCCAUAUCCCUUCCUCUUGUUGAACUUUCCCUCGUGUUUCCUACUGAGUCUCCCCUGUUUGUUACUCUCAGAGCUGUAUCAAAAUAUUUUACCCUUUGUGAUAUGUGCCAUGUAUGUCGAUGUAUAAUUGGUGAUCUGUGUGAGUUCAUGCUGCUCAUAAUUAAAAGGUUUGUUUGCUCGGCUGAAUUUGAAGACUGAUCAAAGCACUUCUUUUGUUGUUUAUCACCUUUCCCUCCUAUUCUUUUCCUUUCAUUUAAUGAUGGGGAAAGAUCUUACCCACAGUUUGGGCCAUUUGAAAAGCAUGCUUUUUAUGUGUAUCUGAUAUGAUAUGUUGAAUGCAAUUUACUUUGUGUGUGUGUGUGUGUAUUGGCGCGUGUGUGUGUGUGUGUUGGUGUAUGGGUGGGAGGGUGCAUGCGUGCAAGCUACUCACUUGAUAAGGAAGGUUCAGAGUUAAUCCAUUCUUUCCCAACUUCAUUGUUAUAGUUUUAAAAACAGCCUAAAGUUUGUGCCGUAAAUGUGUUCCAGAAGAUAGUGUGUUUAAUAAAUGAAUGUUCGUGAAAGCAAAAUCAUUUUUUCUGUUAGCACCUAAUUCAUAAUUACGAUAGAAGUACAGUCUAGCAGGUGCAUUGUGAACUGAUCUUUAGGUCCCAUAUUUUUUCUUAAACAUAUAUUGUCUUUUUUAUUUAAAACAUGUACCUUGCUAGUUAUGUACAUAAUGCAAAGAUUUGGGGGCUCAGCCAGUUUCGCUAUGUGUGUGCGAGACUGUAUUUUUGCUUUACAGCUGCAUCUGAUAUUUUAAUAUAUGCUUAUGGCUGGCUUAAUGUAACGUGCAUUACACCUAAAAGUAAAAGUUUGUCAUCAAUGUCUUACAAUGACCACUGCAUUUGUAGAGGAGAGUUUGUAUUAAAGAAAUGAGCAUUAAGAUGAUUUUUGGCUUCUACCAUGGGCAAUGAGACCAGGUCUGGUGGAAGAGGAGAAUUUGCCACAUUUUGAGCAUUUAUAAGCUUCAUUUCCGUUUGUGGAUGUGUUCAGCUUGCAAAGUCUCUUGGCUUCAGCAUUUCUGAUUUGUGAAAUCUCGUAUGAUGCUGCCCUCUGUGAUUGCUGCUUCCCAACUGGGUCCCGUGAACGUUGUAGUCCUUCGGGGGACAUUUUCAUGGUGUCUUUGUAGCACUUUAUGUGUGCGCCAACUAUACACGUCCGUGAGGACAGCUUAAAGUAGAAUAUUGCCAUUGGGAUUCUGAAAUCAGAGGAGCAUUCUUAGGACAUGGGCAGCUAAGCCAAGUUGUGUCCUUUUGAGCUAAGAGAUGCAUUACAUGUUCACACAUUUUCACUAGGUUUUGAUUUCUGUAGUGUUUGUUUUGUCUUGAACUGCAUUAACAUUUUUGUGCUGUUGUUGUUGGGAAAGGGGGGGGGGGAGUGAUUGGGGUAUGAAUUUAGCAUCUAUUAGCUCCUAAGUUGUCCCAUAAAUAUGGACCUUGCUAGGUGAUGCAAGUCUGAAUAUUAAUUUUGCUUACUGUAUAUCAUCUAGCAUUUGAAGACAUUUGCUAUCUACUCAUCUAUUAAUUCUUUUACCUUUGAGUCCUCCCACUUCUGAGCCUAUGAGACCUGUGCAGCUGGGCUCCGGUGUGUCCACUGCUAAAUAUACACUAGCUACAUGCUGAGGUGCCCCUUUGAGUAUUGAGAGCCACACUCUAGUUUAAGCUCAGGUCCUUUAGGUAAAUGACUGUGGUCCUGAUAUAUAUUUCAGCAUAUUCUGUUUGUGCGUAUUGUAUGGGCUGCGUCAUAUUUCCUUUUCCUCUUCCUUUUCCCCAUUUUUUUUCUUAUCCUUAUCUUUAAACUCCCUGAGUUUCCUAAUACAAGCAGGAAAUGUAUAUUCAGUUGUUCUUGGCUUUUGAUAUUUGAGCUGAGUUGUGUGUUUUGGUUCUUAAGAGAAGUGGUUGAGGAGCUCUUUGCUUACCUCAUGUAGGGAGAGCGUAGACAGCUACUUGAUUUUGUCGUUUACUUUUGUAUGACAUAUGUAGCAGAAGUUGAUCCAUGACUUUCAAGUACAGAGUUUUAACACAAUAGACUUUUUGUGUUGUGACGUGGCAAUGUUGAGUGAAGCUGUGGUAAUGAUGUCUGUUGUCAAAUGAUAUUGCAUGGAGGUACGGAGGGAGGGGUACGGGGAAUGUUGGUUUGUUGUUGAGUGGGACCAAGGGCAGCAAUGUUUGUGAAGGUUAAUUUAUUUCGUUGAUUUUCUGUUAAUAAAUUUUCGUUUUUUCAGUCUAUUAAAAUGUUGCAACACAUUUAUUUUUGUGAUGUGGGUGGUUGGCGGCUGCUCUGGUGUGGUUUGCUCCUUUCUUAUCAAAUACUUUUCGCCCUCAUCUCUCCUCCUUCUUUUCUUUGUAUUUGCCAUUGCUUGUAACACGUCUGAUCUUCAGCAUUUAUAUGGCGCAUGUGUUGCUAGUGUGGUAAAAGUCUUCUUAAUCUUACUAAAUCUAAAUUUAUGUGAUGGUUUCUCUUUGUUACAUGAUAUUAAUGAUAAUGAAAGAGGUGCAGUUUAGAGUUUUGAGUUGUGACAUGUUGAGUUCUACCUGUUGAGUCAUGAAUGGUAGGUGUUGAAUGAUGUCCGUAUGUCCAGUGGUUCCCAACGAUUUCCUUUGUUAUUACACAGAGCAAGAGAAAACAAUGAAUUCUUAAAAGUAAAAGAAGGUAAUUAGUCAUACUGGGAUGGGAGUCAGUUCUGAGACUAGACAUAAAUGUACUAGAACUACAGACAAACUGACCUGAGUAAAUGGGCUAGAAAGAAUUGCGAUGUGUGCAGUUGAAACAAACCUAUUUUGAUUCAGAAAAUUGUUGGACAUAAUUUUUGUUUGACAUCUCCAUGCUCCACAAAAGUUUACAAAAUUUAAGGUUGAACAUUUCAGAACAGGGGAGGUUGUAAAAAAAUGUUGACAAGAGAACAAGUUAAGUCAAGUACGGACUACUAGUACAAUGUAGCAUCAGAAAGGAAAUGAUUUAUUUGAGAAAAAUUAUGUUAGGCACGACAGUUUUUCAUCCAAUGUCAGGUGAAGUAAGUUGUGAUAAACAAGAACGUGUGCGUCAGAGCGCUUCUGGGGAGGGGGCGAGGGAGGGGGGGGGUUGGUGGUCGUAUGUCAAAGGAACCAUAUCUUAUUAUUUUAUUUCCUUUUCAUAGAGCAAGGUUCAGAUGACACUGACCGUGAUAAACGUCUGUGUCUGUGCCUGCGUCUCGUCUGUGUGUGUGUUUGUGUGUGUGUGUGUGUGUGUGUGUGUGUGUCUGCGUGUGUAUGUAUGAGAAUAAACGGAAUGAGUUUGCUUUUUGUUAUAUUAUGCUCAUAAUUUAUUCUUCAUUGAUUUCUUCCCCUAUGGCAUACUUCUUGUCAAAAUGUGCAUUACUUUUGCUUGUAGAUUUUUCUCCGCAUAUUUUGUAUCAGAUCCCGCCAGUUUUGUAAUAAAUGUGCUUUGAAGAGCAAAGAAAGUU